AUGCUUAAGGAUUUUAUCGAAUUCGCUAAGGGUUAUCAGGAGUGUCAGAUUCAUUCGGGCAUGCAACAUGUUCCUGUAAGUGAAUUGCAUGCAGUGGUAAAGCCAUGGACAUUCAGAGGAUGGGCUUUAAAUUUGAUUGGAGAAAUUCGACUUGCAUCCUCUAAAAGUAAAAAAUAUAUUCUGGUUGGCAUUGAUUAUUUUACAAAUUGGAUCAAAGCAAUUCCUUUAGUCAAAGCUGACCAAGAUUCUAUAAUAGAAUUCGUCCAGAAGCCUAUCAUUGAUAAGUUUGGAAUUCCUGAGACCAUCACGACGGACCAAAGCUCGGUGUUCACUGGUCGAAAGAUGAAGGAAUUUUCUUCUCAAACGAGGAUUAAAUUACUGACUUUGACUCCUUAUUAUGCUCAAGAAAAUGGGUGCUUUGACAUAUUGAGUUUUUGUGAGCCAAGCUCUGCUACGGAUUCUGCUGUGGAUUCUGACUUGUGGAGGAUAUUGACAACAUGUUGCAACAUGCUCACUUGGCUUAAGGCUGGUUAUCCAGUUGGUUUUAGGGUGUUAGCAUUGCCAUGUCUUAUGCAUGUAAGCAUGGCUUGUGGAUUUUGUUAUGUUUUGUAG